AUGGAUAUAAAUACUGAUGGUAUAGAGGUGGAACGAGAGAUAACGGAGUCGAGGAAUGACAUUGCCAGUUUACAAAAGGAGAUAGAUGCAUUGGAUGAAGAAUUACAGGAAUUGGCUCAACAAGAGAAAGUUUUAGAAGAUUUAAUCAAUCAAGAGAAACAAAAGACUUAUAAUGAAAAUAUAAAGAAGAAACGACAAGAUGAUUGGCAAAUACCUCCUAUCGUGCAAUAUAGUUACUUCGAUGAAUCUAUAAGUAAAUAUUUUACUGUUGAGUCACCAGAAGUAAUGAAAAGUAAAAAAUCAGCUACUGAUUUAAAUGAGAUAUCAUCAGGAAUAAUGCAAAGCUAUCAAAAAAUCGUUGCUUUGAAAGAGAAUAUCUUAUAUGAGAAUCUUUAUAGAUUGAAUGGUAUAACAGCUUUCCCAUUGAAUAAAAUAUUUGAUCCAGAAAGAAAUUAUUUGGGUAUAAGAUUUGAUAUCUUUUCCACUUUACAUAAGAAGUAUAGUACUAUUCAUUAUGUUAUAUUGAGGUUACUGGUUCCAUUACCUAUAUUUACCAAGGAAGCAUCAACAGACCCACUUCAAAAGACUUAUUCAGUCCACAAAUCAACAUUCUAUGUACCAGAAAACACCAGCAAAUUACUUCAAAAUCCUGAUUUGAAUACUGGGGUAGAGAACUUUGUUGAAAAGGUACGAGAUCAAUUACUUUAUGAACAACUCAUUAAUGAUUUUAAACAAUUUGUCAUCGAUUUAACUUACACCGAUUUAGGUUUCACAGAUGAUAAACCAGUAUUCCCCCAACAAUCAUUCGGUGAUUAUUUCCAACUUACUAAUAAAGACAUAGAUAUUCGAGGUCAUAUAACAACAGAUUGUACUAUACAUAUUUCAUCCAUAACACCUAAUCCAACAAACUUAAACGAUAUAUUCCAUACACAUGAUUUUCCUAGUAUAAGGAAACAUCUUUUAGAGAUUUUAAAACAAAUUUAA